CUUAAAGAAUGGAACAUGACAGGAAAAAAGAAGAAUAAUAAAAGGAAAAGAAGCAAGUCCAAGCAGCAUCAAGGCAACAAAGAUGCUAAGGACAAGGUGGAGAGGCCAGAGGUGGGGCCCUUGCAGCCACAGGUACCACUGAUGCAAAAUGGCCACGUGAAUGGCUGUGAGAAGGACAGCUCAUCCCCUGACUCUGUCAGAGAAAAACUGGCCCUCACACCCCGUGAGAAAAAUCUCUCAAUACUGGAGGAACCACCGAGGGCUCUUCGUGGGAUUACAGAAGGCAACAGACUACUGCAACAGAAAAUGUCCUUAGAUGGGAACCCCAAACCUAUUCAUGGACCAUCAGAGAGGUCCGAUGGUCUACAGUGGUCAGCUGGGCAGCCUUGUAACCCAAGCAAGCCUAAGGCAAAAACAUCUCCUGUUAAGUCCAAUGCCCCUGCAGCUCAUCUUGAAAUAAAGCCAGAUGAGCUGGCAAAGAAACGAGGCCCAAAUAUUGAGAAAUCAGUGAAGGAUUUGCAGCGCUGCACUGUUUCUCUGACUAGAUACCGUGUCAUGAUCAAAGAGGAAGUGGACAGUUCUGUGAAGAAGAUCAAAGCAGCUUUUGCUGAGUUACACAACUGCAUCAUUGACAAAGAAGUUUCACUAAUGGCAGAAAUGGAUAAAGUCAAAGAAGAAGCCAUGGAGAUCCUGACUGCCCGUCAGAAGAAAGCAGAAGAACUGAAGAGACUGACUGAUCUAGCCAGUCAAAUGGCAGAGAUGCAGCUGGCCGAACUCCGGGCUGAAAUUAAGCACUUUGUCAGUGAGCGCAAAUAUGAUGAAGAGCUGGGGAAAGCUGCCCGCUUCUCCUGUGACAUCGAACAGCUGAAAGCCCAAAUCAUGAUCUGCGGGGAAAUCACACAUCCAAAGAACAACUAUUCCUCAAGAACUCCCUGCACCUCCCUGCUGCCUCUGCUGAACACCCAUGCAGUUGCUGCUGGCAAACAAGGGAACUUUGCCCGAAAAUCAUCCAAUCACAACAAGCCCUCUGAGGGGAAAGUGGCAAACCCAAAAAUGGUGGGCGGUCUUCCCAACACCGCUGAUGCUUGUCACCAGACCAUGCCUACUAACAAGCAGCAUAAUGGACCUUCUAGCCAAAGACGAAGAUUUAAUCCCCAGUAUCACAAUAGGCUGAAUGGUCCAGCCAAGUCACAGGGCGGUGGUAACGAAGCUGAUCCCAUGGUGAAGAACAAUAACCGGCAUGAACACAGGAGACAGCCACACAACGGUUUCCGUCCCAAAAACAAAGGUGGUGCCAAAAAUCAAGAGGCCUCCUUGGGGACAAAGGCCCCAGAGGCCCCAACACAUUCUGAAAAGCCCCGUCGAAGGCAGCACGCUGCAGACAACUCAGAGGCGAGGCCUUUCCGGGGCAAUGUUGGUAGGGUUUCACAGUGCAAUCUUUGCCCCACAAGAAUAGAAGUUUCCACAGAGGCCACAGUUCUCUCAGUCCCAGCUGUGACAUUGGUGGCCUGAGCCGGGAAAGAAAAGAGCAGGUUUUGCCUGGUUUUGGUUCCCUGCCCAAGGUGCUGACCCAAUUCGCUGCCAAAAGAGAGUCAAUCAGAAUAUACAAACCCUGUAUGUUUGUGUCAUUCUCUCUCACUCAUUUUUACUAAUUCUAAUACUCUACUCUAGCUUGCUUCAUAACUCCCAUGGCUUUGCUUGAUCUGUUGUCGCUUCUCCUCAUCAAGACUUUGCAUCAUUUUAGCCAGGCAGUAUUUACUCGUUGUUAGGAAAAUCAAGAUGUGGCUGAAGAUGAGAGGCUCUGUUAGCAACCUAUGUUGUAGCUGUGAUGUCAAUCCAUUGGUUGUCUUUAGAGAGGUAAUGUUGAAACAAGAAGUUCUUGAUCAGACAAACGUGAUCUGCUGAAGACACAUGUGCUUUUGUAGAA